GGCUCUAGCUAUGUUGACACUCGAGAGUGUAGCCAGCCUCCGGGACUUAAACGGGCCUUCUUUAUUUCACAUUUAGCGCUUGUAAAGAUAGCAGAUAAAAGAGACGGACCGCCUAAUCAUUUCUCUUAUCGCCGGGGAUGUUGCGGACCGUGUGCGGACUGUACGAAAGGGAAACUCGGGGCCGAGGCGGAGCGGACGUUUCACAGGUUGAUGAUCGUUUUUGGCACAGAGCGGGGAAGCCAGCAAAAGUAAAUACAUGGUCUCAGACUCUAUAGGCUGUUCCGAGACACAGCAGCUCACAUGUAAAGGAGAAAUAGGCGGUGCCUGAUGUUUCCUGGAAAAAUACAGACCUCCGACCAGAAUGAAACAUUUUGCGUUGGCAGGUUUAGGUUCAUCCACUCAAGUUGUCGCUCAGACUUGGGUUGCAAUCAGCGUGUAAGAAGCUUGAGGACCGUCUGUCUGGCACAUUUUGACAGUUAGCCAAUCAAAUCUGGUAUUCAAAUUGGUCCUCUUAUGUCAGUGACCUAUAUCUCAUGCAUGUGCGCCAAGAGCACACUGUAACCUCCACACAAGAGCAUACAGCAUGGGGAUCAACGGGAUAGACAACCAGACGCAGCCGUCCAGCGAAGAGUCCCGGACGGAGCAGCCAGCCGCAGAUCCUCAGAUGGAGCAAAGAGAUGCUCCUCAAGAAGCAAAAACGAGCCAAGAGGACCAGGCGGCUGGUGGUCAGUGCAAAAUCUCGCAAGAAGACAGCACCGUGCAGCUGAUCGAGGCCGGGUCCAAGCCGCCCCUCUCCCCGGCUUCUGAACCCGAGGUAGGGGUCCAGUUGGAGAAGCAUGGGCAUGGAGGCGGGUUCGUCCCACCAGAAGGAGGCUACGGCUGGCUGGUGGUGUUUGCAGCAACAUGGUGCAAUGGAUCCAUCUUUGGGAUCCAAAACUCUUUUGGCAUCCUACAUUUGAUGCUGGUGAAGGAGCAUGCCAACCCAGAUGACAAGACGUCUCAAUUUAAAGUGGGUGAGUAACCAGACUGUGGAGUGGAGCCCCAUGAAACAAAACAUCAACUGGUGGACAAAAGUGCUUUUGUCAUCUAUCACUGCUUUGUCACACAUUAGAGAAUAUGAAAGGUGGAAUUAAAAGGAAUUGAAUAUUAUUAUGCUGUCAACAAACUGUAGCCAUCAGUUGAACAGGAGUUUGUGAUCUACAGGUCAGUAUAUAUUUAUACACUUCCCUCAAACAUAUAUGUGGGUCAGCUCAAAGUUCAAGGGGGUUUAUCCUGCUCUUUAAAGUAACACACUGAACCAAGUAUUACAUGCCUUUUCUCCACAUGCAUCUGCAUCACUAAUACACAAUGAUUAACAGGAAUUUAACCGCAACUUGACUCUUCAUUCAUGAACACCUCUGUUUUUACAACUCCUUUAGUUAGUUGCUGCAAGUUUUGUCACAGUUGGUGCAACCAAAGUGUAGAAAUGGGCUUUUACACUCUUUUAAAGUGUGUGAAACAAACACAUAUAAUCAAACAAAGUGGGCUUUUUAACUCUCAUCAUUUUUAUUUUACAGAAUUCUCCACGGAUUAUGAUAUAAUUAGAAUCCAGUUUAUAAUGCGUUGCUUUUUCAGAUUUUUUUUAACCCUAAACUGGGACACAGCAGCAACUCAUAUAGCACAUAAGAAGCUCAUAGACCUUGUGACCAGAUGAGAGUAAAAGAAUGUAUUUCCCUUUGUCCUGGCACAGCUGCUUUUGAGGACUAAUGCUGGAAUAUGUGACAAGAAUGAGGCCAGUGUUCACCCCUCUGUUCACUGCAGGCCCCCUCUGGGCCACUCUGUUAGUCUUCACUAUUGAGAGUUUACUGUAUUUUUCAAACUAAACUGGCUGGGUGCCAAGUUGCCCAUGAUAAAAUACAAAAGCAGAUGAGGAGAUACAUCUUAAUAUAGAAAUCUUCUAUGUUUCAUGCUACCUUCCAGGAAUAAGACCGCACAGUCUUGUUUAAAGGAGAUGAAUUAGUCCCCAGAUAAGGUUUGACAAAAAAGGGUGCAUAGACUCCCCGACUCUGCAGCUUAUUGGUCGAUAAGAAACUGACAUUUCCUUGGUUUGGCCUAAACUUUAAUGGAAGUGUGGACUUCUUAUGCAGACAUUUAGCAUUUCAUUAUUCAUCAACUAGAAAGGCCACUCAGAGAGUUCAGAACUCUGCAAAGGCCAAAAGUCCGUUUCCAUGUCUGAAAGCACAGCUUCUAUAUCCACAUAAUUUUAAAAAACUGCCUUGUUUUAUCGUAAUGAUGUAGUGCCUUUUUUCUAAAUUAAAAACUGAAACCUUUUUUCUCAGUGUUUGCAUGGUGAUAAGACUGAAAUCAUAAUCAGUAAAGAUUAGUAAAGUAGCUGCUUGUUGUUGAAAGCAUUUGUAAAUGAAAUGAUAUCCAUGAAAAACACUCUCAGUGUGGAUUCCUAUCAGCACCCCUGUUGGUGAAAGCUUUGCUUUUUUUGAACCAAAACUUUUCUUAAAUUUAGGCCAGUGGUUUUUCUGUGAACCGUAUGACAAACAACCAGCAAUGAAAACAAAAACCCUCUUGGUGGAGGUAAUGAAGCAUCCAGGGAGUGCAUCUCUGGAGGUUUUGUCCCCUGACAGUUUUACAGACUCUCGGUCUCCACGCUUCAAGGCUCCUUAGAUUAAUGACCACUAUAAGCGUUCUCUAUCUCAAAGUGUGGUCUGACUUCAAGCAAAGAGGGGGAAAUAAUCUGCUCAGAUUUUAGUGGAGUUUGUAGCCAGAGUGGAUAUUAUUUUUCCUUGAAUCUUGUCAGGCUCCACAAUCACCAGAAAAGGUUUAAGGUCAGGAUGUGGGAAGGGAUUAUGCCUCUAAGGCUGUUCUCUGGAACAAAUUCAUCCUUUUCUCAUCACAAUAAAAAGUUGCAGAGAGACAGACUUUGACAUUUUUAGGCUUAAGUUGUUAAGGUUGAACUUCUUUUAUAGAUUUUUUUGCAUUUCAUCACUUAUUUACAGAGCAGUGUCUGCUAUUUUAGGAGGCAGAGUAACAAAGCAUCACAUUUCUGUUGAGAUUGCCAGGUUAGAAAACCUAAAACCUUAUUUAAUGUGGAAACAGUGUGGCCGUUCAAUGAUAAGAGUCAUGUGAUAUACAGUACACUCCUUUUUUUUCUAGUUUCUAUCGAGGUAUUUCUAGUCAGCCUCCUUCUCUGUGUUUUUGGCUUGUUCAGGAUUUCAUUCCUAGUUGUUCUUUGGAUUUGAUCCCUGCUUGUUCUCAUAUGUGGAAGGAUUAAGCUGUGCCCUGACCUUUUCUCCUCAGCAGCAGAGUGAAACAAAGGGGAACAGCUUUAACACAAUAAUCACACUUUUAAAGUCUCAUUUUGAACAAUGUGAGAGGGCACAGUCAGCUUAAGCUAAAUUCACAUAUGUCACAAAACAGCUUCCUCUAAACAAAAGUCUACAGACAGAAAAGAAUGAGAUGCGAUCAAAUCCUGAUUAGGGAUUACAAUUAAGUCUUGAUGUUACAAGGUAUUACACCUUGAGGGGUAAACAAAUGGUUUUCAAAUAGUUUUGGGUUAUCAGUUAGGGAUUCAGAGCAACGUGUUUUUCUUAAAGUACAGAAGUGAAGGAGAGGUGAGCGUGUUAUGAGUUGCAGAUGGUGUUUUGCUCGUUGAGUUCAGCAUGCAAGAGGUUGAGAACAAAGCUGCUGGCAAGUGAAGGUGUGCAGAAGUGUAGGCAUCUGUGAGAAAGUGCAGAAAUUAACAAGAAAACUCUGGCAAUCAGCUUCAUGUGAGGUCUUGUCUUAUAAAGUGUGACCUGCUGAAAAUGUGGGGGGGAAAGUUCCAAUUGCAGCUCUGCAGAGGAGUUUUUAAAAACAAGCUUGGAGCGAGUAGAAAAAAGGCACAGUGUGUGUUAGUGAUGUAUUUUUCAGUGAUCCCUGGAACAUUUUUUUUCUAUAUGCUACUUGUGUGAAAAAGAUCAGUAGGAAGGCUGUGAUGGAGGCUAAAAACCUCUAGGGGCCUAUUCAAGAACAUUGUGUCCUAUUUAUGUCAAACAUAGAGAUGAAGACAUUAUUGACUAGUAACUUUAUUCCUGCUGUUUUUUGUCAAGACUGUCAAAGGCUUGUUCAAGAGAGCAAAUGAAUGAGUGAUACUGCAACGUACCGUAGGGCCACAUUAGCAAUGCUGAUCAGUCGUAAAAGAGAAGUGCUUAAUUCACAUCCUGAGUAGACUUGCUAUAAAUCUUACAGCAGCACGACAGAUAACCAUUAACUAUAAAAGGACACUGAUAAUGUAUAAACGACCUAAACAGACUCACAGACUGAGACUCACACGCAGUAAAUGUGCUGUUAGGACUCCACUACAGUAUAUAUUAAAAGAGCACAAACAAAUAUAUGCCACUAUACAGUGAUACAGUUAAGUUUAAAAUAACUCACAGAGAGUGCGGUGAUGUGUGAGAGAUCAAAACAUACAAGAAAAACUAGUCAGAGAUUGGGAUGCGGUCCAAAUGUUUGAAAAUGACUAAGCAGCGAGUUCAAAUGUUGAGUCGUGUAUUUGAUCAUGCCACUCUACUUUUUUUGUGACUUUGUACCGUGUUGUUUGGCUUGGCAGUCAAGAUAGAGUCAGAUCAGUCACCCAUUUCAACAUUCGUAAUGAAGAAACCGGUGGUAGAUGAUAUUAAGCAGGUAUAAAGACUGUAGAAACAUGAACACAUGAUAUAACUGUAAAAAUUGAUGUAUGCCCAAAAAAAGUUGUUUUAAAACAGCUUGGCAUGAAAUGAAAAACUCAUGAAUUUUAGUUGUAAUUUUCAAGCUAAAUUUUUGUUUUUGAGAUAUGAUUAGUGUAUUUAAGAUUAACAUUUCUCAAACACAGCAUCGACCUUGGCUGGCAUUCAAACAGUUGUUACCGCUGUUGCUAAUAUACUGCUUUGCUUUGUGUCGUGCUACAUCUCCCAGCAUCUCCAAGGCAGCUGUAACUCCCAGGUUGGCAGAUCAGGCAUUUUUGGCAUUCCAGAGGGCAGGCGAAUGGGUUCAAGCUGUAUCAAAGUCUGUAAAGGCUCCUCUUACUGACAAGCAGGUACAUACGUUACAAGAACAGAGCACAUGGAUGGGUUAUCUUUUUUAGAAGUGGUUUAUUUGAAAACCCUAAAGAAGCGCAAGUCAAUUCGGACUGUCAAAAAGGGGGGAGUGGUGGAAGAAUAAAAACCUUCCCAAGCUGACACAGAGGCGAAGAUAAAGGAAAAGUAGCAUUAUCCUUUUUACAAGCGAGCAUUUCUAGCAAAUCCAGUCUUAACUUUUAGAAACAGAAUUUCUGAGAAUCUCACCAGUGUCAGAUAGAAGCUAAUAGAACAGAGAGCUACAAUGGCACGAUCGAUAAUGGAUCAGCAGCUUUAGUCUUCACGUACCACUCUGUGCUGCCUGCAUGCUUAGUCCAAUACAUUUACAAUCAAUUUAAUCCUCCUGCAUUAGUGUUGAGCAGUUUGCAUAGCUGUGAAUAUUAAUAGCUUGGAGCGUGGUAAGAAAAGUAAACAUCAAAAGGAGCUGUACUAUCUCAGGACGUCAUGGAGUACCCAGAGACUCAGGCUGUCAGAACACAUUUGUGGGCUGUCUUGUUUGACGACACUCCUCUCCCAUCUGUGACACUUGGUCCCCCAAAUGAUCUGUUUUACACCUGCAAGUCCUCUGCAACUAUGCAGCCCAACCUUAUGUAGGGUACAGUAAUUAUAUAGUUAUGUAACUAAUGCUAAAACAAGGUGUUAUGAUCUUUUUGUACAUUGGUAGAACUGCAUUGUUUGAAGUAUGAGGAACUUAGAUAACCUUACAACAACCAUAUUUCCCCAUCUUUCUGACUGUCAUUCACCCAAUGCUUUUGUGCUAGGUGGUUGCUAACAUUCUAGAUACAGCUAUUUUUGCACUCAUGUAAUUUUUCCCACACAAUGCCCCUGAUAUAGUCAUUUAAAAUACAACAAUGAAUCACAAUGUCCAUAACACCUGUGAUGAGGAAUUAAUUUUAUAUCUAAGUGAGGAUUUAUUAAAAAUGUGCGACUCUCAUGUCCAUAGCUGCUACCAGCUUUGUCCUAGUUUCACAAUGCUAGUUGAGUAAACUCAGGGCAUCUGACAAAAACCUACAAUAAACAGAUUCCCAAUUGACCAGCAUGAAGAAAAAUAAGCAAAUAUUAAAAAUCUGAGGAGGAAAGACAGUAUUUUACGUCAAAAUAACAUUAGUAAACCUUUUAACAGUGGUCAGACCACAGCUUACAGUAGCAUUCACCCAUUUGACUAAACUAUGUUCCCGCAAACUGAAAAAUAGUUUUUCUCAGUCAGUUACUGUCUUUGAAUGAGAUCCAGCAGGGCGGGGGAAAGACUUGAAGUACUUUGCUCAGCACUCAUGGGGCUAAUAGCCGUAGUUACUUUUGUUCGUUCUACGUCAAGGCAAGAUGCAGUAUGAAUCAUACCCUCACUAAGUACUUUGACUUAGAACAUGAAAUUCAAGUGGGUUUGAGUCUCCAUGGUACUGUUAAAAGUAGCGUGGCUGUUGAGAAGAUUGUACGUCAUAGAACAACACAUUGUUCCAUCCUACCGCCUGCUAGGGACAUUGCACGAGGCCAUGAAAAAAUGGGCCCCGUACCAAGUCUAUAGUCUUGCAUUGUAGUCUUUCUGUUGAUGUUACAAAAAUACCUAUGGCUAUUGUUCCUGGAACAGAGAGUACCCGAGGUAUUUCCAGGUGCAUUGUUCAGUUGAUGGCAUUUUCCCAUCCGGUGUCAAAGGAAAUGAUGUGCAGAGAAUCGUGUUUUUGAGGGUUUUGGCACAUUGGAUUUUUGAAAUAAAACAAUGACUAUGACAUGAAAAUAGGAAUUUUUUUUUACAACUUCAGAUAAUUGGGUCAGUCAAUACCAGAAAAAUACAUAUAUGUACAGUAGGGGUGUCCUGAUACAACAUUUUGACUUCCGAUACGAUGCCAAUUUUGUAACCUUUAGUAUUGGCUAAUAACCGAUAUUGAUCCGAUGUCGGCACAAAGUUGCGCAACAAAAAAAGAAAAAAUACUGCCACACGGCCGACAUCACUCCUACUCCUUGCUACUUGUCUAGUACCUUAGUACACACUGUUGUUGUGACUACGAGGGCUCUGCAUGCUGGAUCUGGGUGCUGCUGGAUAGAGGUGCUUGAGCUGAGUCUAGAAUAGACUGCUUUUAUCAGAGUGAUGAUAUCGGAGAUUUAAGAUGCAGGCCGAUAUAAUCCGAUAUUCAUUUUUUUGCUGAUAUCAGACCGAUGUCCGAUAUCAAUGUUGUGUCGUGACAUCCCUUGUUUCUUUUUUUUUUUACAUUGUUUUAUAAUUAUUAGUUUAGUGAUUUUGACUACCUAAAAUUAAAGCAGGAAGUUGGUAUUUCUAUUACCAUCUUUUUCGCACUGUAAGGCACACUUAAAAUCCUUUUGGCUUGUCGGAGCACUGCAGCUUCCUUAGCCUCGCAGAGUUAUUGACUGUUUUGUUUGGCUUAAUGCGCUUUAUAAUAUGGUGUGCCUGUGUAUGAAAAUAGAGGCGAAUAGACGCAUUCAUUAAUGGUGCGCCUUAUAAUCAGUGCGAAAAAUACGGUAUUUAAAUACAACACCUGCCAGGCAAACAUUAUAAAACGGUGCAACUCUUAGGUUUUUUUUUAUUCUGCAUAACAACAGCGCAGAGAUAAUUUAGCCAUCCAAGCCAUGUUCAGUCAAUCAAAGAAGGACUUUGUAUCUUGGUGUUAAUAACAAAAGAAAAGAUGGCUCAGAGGCUGCUGCUUGCGGGGACAGGUGCACUAUUAAUUAUGGCCUCGCUCAUGUGCUUGUGAUUUUGGUCUAUUAUUAAAAAACAGAGUGUUCAGAGUUCACAAAAAUGAAUACAGACGGUAACAGGAGACAGUUCUCUUGCACACAUUCCACAUCCAAGUUGAGUACCCUGUAAGGAGGCCGUACUGUUCCAAGAGCCUCCAGUGUAACAAGUCUGUUCCCUGGAUGUACAGACGGCUCCUAUACAGUCUCUCUGGCUGUCAAAUUGCAUUCAUCACUUUAAGAGAAGAGAGCUUGUUCAGUCCCCGCCACACCACCGGCAUAAACACACACAGGCAAAACACGCACACACACACUAAUACAAAGACACAUGCACACUAAUCUUUUCAAUUUGUGUUCAGACCUAAUCGUCUAUAAUGAGUACACUCUACGCAGUCUAUUCACAGGCAUUUCCCUGUGCCAAGGGGAGAAGGGGCUUGGGUAUUUGGAGGGGAAGGCACAGGAAUGAGACUUGUUUCUGCUGCUUUGUCAGCCUCUGAUUGAUGGUCGGAAAGUGUUGUAAAGUGUUUUUCUGACGACAGCAUGCUGUGCUGUUUUGUUUUACACGAUGCCAUGGAGCAUAGAUGGUACAUUUGAGCAGUUUGCCCCUGAGAUUGCAAUCUCCUCUCUUUCUUGGUUCAGUCAAGAAAGCCUGCAGAUGGAGGCUCGGGUGAAGAAAUUGCGCAAUUUGUCACAACAUGACAACAACUAUCAAUUUAUGGUCCUGCUAGUAUUACUGGCACUCAAGUUAUUAUUUUCUUUCAGAGCCAAAGUGGUGCUGCAUCAAGUUCGGCAAUUAUUUUUUUUUACCUCUGAACUUCUUAUUUUCUACUUGAAGAAGAAGACUGAGGAAAGAGAGUGAAAGGAACCCUCUCAGUUUAGUACAGUGAGCCUUAGCUUCAGUGUGCUGUCUCUUGUGUUUAUUAAUUUUUUUCCUGUUGGUUUUUCAUUUUUACUCUUUCCUGUCUGCUUCUAAUGUUGUUCCCCUCAAGGCGGUCAUUAUGUGACCUGCCAGUCUUAGUUUAAGGCAGUAACCCCUGAUUAAUUUUGAUCUUUAAUGAUAAGAAGUUUGCAGCUCAUUGUUGCUAAGUGUUGUCAGUAAAUCAACAUAGAUUAACUUGAUUUUCUGCUUUCACUUUUUUCAUCAUGUGCUAUUUGCAUUACCCGGCUCUCUGAGGGAACAGUCUAACUCCUUCCCUACAAAAGAAUCAGCACAACAUGUACUCAGAACUGAAGUGGUGCAGCUAAGCAAGUGCAAUCCCAUCUGGAGUCACAAAAUAACUGUACAGGAAGAGCAUAAGGAAAAAUGCACUGCAGAAGGUACAAAUGGAAGGAAUAGGAGGAGCCCGAAAACCCCAUAAGACCAGACUGCCAAACCUGAUCAAGUGUUUAACAUUUUACAACUCUGUGGGCUUCCUCUGAGAGAGUGAGUAGGAUAUGAGCAGAAACAGGAGACAUGUAGUAGAUAUCCCGCUGGGAGAAACUACAAUAGGUAGCUUUGAAUGACGAAACUGAGAUUUUGUGGUUCCUGACAACAAAACCAACUGGGCAGGUGUGCCUAAAAAAUCUAAAUGAAGCAGAAGAAAUACGAAAUAAGACAACAUGAACUCAUGUAAACAGGUGAGAGUGUUUUUGACGGUUCAUAAAUCAAGACUUUAGCCUAAACUGAACCAAAAUUGGGUCAGGCUGUUGAAAAUUUCCGGAUGGUUAACUUUGAGGGCUCGGAGCAAACCUCAUUAAUUUUUAGGGGCCCUAUGUUUUAUUUCUGAUCAGACACACACACACACACACACACACACACACACACACACACACACACACACACACACACACACACACACACACACACACACACACACACAUAGCUGAGGCUGCAGGCUAUUCUGAUGGAUCACGUCUUUUCAGUGUUCCUUCCACUGAACUGAGGCCCAGCUAGCCAUGGGGGUUUUUUAAUGACUGCCUUUACUGCAGCCCGUGGCGUAAAUCUCCCCUUCCUAUAUGCAUGCAGAUGUUCUGUCACCCCCACAGCACAGACUCUCAUAAUGAAGAGAUAUUGGUUAAAGAGAACAGUACAGUAUCGGUACCCUUUUUUCAUACUGGUAGGCCAUGCCCCAGGGCAAAUACGUUGCAUAUGUUAUGCAAAGCCUGUGUAUGAAUAAAACAUGACUGAACUCCCUGCUCACAUUGACGCAUAAUAGUCUGACAUGGUAAUUGUAUUUAAGCCUGUAAUGUGAAAGAGGUAACUUGCAUGUAGUAGACACAGAAAGAGAAACAAAGUCUUCUGGAAUAGUUUUAUGAGGCAUUUCACAUCUUUAAGCUGUUAAAGCUCACAACUUUUCAUUUAUGAUGUACACUCACAAUCCUCAUCUGUCUGUAUUUGUCAAAGGCAAAAGAAGCAUCUCUCUAGCGAUGAAAGCAAAAAAAGAAACUGGGUUGAGCAGCUCAAUAUUUCCCUCAGUGUACGCGAGAGACCAUAACAGGUUGUAAAAGGUGUAGAGAAGCUGGUUCCAGACGAUCUGAUAAGCUUUUUAGUUUUAAGCACUCCGAGUCCCAGGGGACUAGGAGUGUUAGUCCUCUGGAUCAGCCAUGCGGUGUGGUGCCAUAGUAAUACUAAGGUGCUUAAGGGAAAGCUAACCAAACACCUUUGCUUAUUAGUAAAUGUGGGUUAAUCUAAUCCUGGUCAGUAUUAUCACUGAUUACUCUCUCAGUGUGCUUUUUUUUCACAGUAAAUGGGUUGAUAUCUACUUAUCUCCAGUACAGACCAUAUCCAGCAUCAACUACAUCGAGAUGUUAGAUCCAGAAUAGUGGGUGUUCAUGAAGUUCAUGUUAAAUAGAAAACCCCCUUCCUUUUUUUCCCAUUUGAAUAAAUAAACUCUAGGAAGUCCAGGGUGCAGACCCACCCUUAAACUAUACAAAGUUGUACUCUGUAGUACAACGUGAACCAGCUGAUGUUCACAUCACGUAUAGAACAGAGUGUAUAAGUCAACCUUUGAAACAAAGACUGUUUGUAUAGAGCUGUGUGUGUCAUAUGUCACACUAAACCCCGUGUCCACACGGAUGUUAGAAGGUAAAUCAGACCAUCCACUUGUUUAUCGGUCUCUCUGGUCUCAUUCUCUGUGACUGUGACCUGCAUCUCAGACACCAAAGCAGACACCAAAGCUACCUUUGCUCCCCAGGAGACUAACCCCAGACGGUUGUUUGUUUGCACUCCAGGGUACGCAGUGUCCUCGUUGGAUCACUUUGAUUGGUUAUGUUUUAACACUGACUGAAUAUUUCACCACAGGCUAGAACUUUGAUCCACUUUUUUGAUCUGUUUAUCAAAAAAGGUUCUUGUAGAGGAUGUGUAAUGUACAUUUUUGUAAAAUAUGGACAUAUAAGAGUUAACUGUUUGUCAAGGCUUCUGCAGACAUGUGUUGUACAUGCCCAUGAGCUUGAUUUAACAUGAAGCACCUCCGCUUGGAGUCUCUGAUAAGAUCAUAUGCAGCACAUAAAACCAAACAUGAGACUUAAAUUUAAGCUCAUUCAUAAAAACCUGGGUGAUGUUAAAUCGACUUUUACAAUGUUCUCGUGGGAAAAGAAACGUAUUUUAAAAUGAUAAUGUGGAUAUGCUGUAUAUCUUCUGGAAUAGUCUGUGCAGUUACACUUACCCUAUAAAAGACAAGAACUUGCUGAAAUCUGAAGAAAACCGGUUUGAAAACGUUCUGUUCAAACCAAAAUCAAGGACACACUGUAUGUGCAGCUCAAACAGAAUUACACACCUGACUUAUAUAAAACAUCUCUUUUAUCCAGAGGCCAAAAACCUUUUUUUUUGCAUAGCUCAGAACUGGCAUUCGUCCUCUGGCCACUGUGGUGGGUCAAUUCAAAAGUAAUCCAAAAGAUUACAGACUUUGUGAGGCGUGUGAUGUGAGUUAUUGUUUGAUGAAAUCACACAUCAAAACCCCUAAAUAAUGUGGUGUCCAGAUGAGUACAAACUGGAUUGACUGUGUAAGAUAGAUGUGUUUAAACUUGCGUAUUUAAUCUUGAAAGCCUGGGAAAGAAGACAAGACAGUCUUCAAUCAGUUUGUAUUUUGUUUGGCAGUGAAUAGACCUGCUUUGCAAUCUGACCUGGACUGCUGUUUAAAUUCAUGGUGUCAUGUAAGCUCAUACAGGCUAGACACCAACUUUUAACCUACGAGGAAGAGUGUCAGUCUGAGUUAUAAUUGCUCUCAAAGAGGGAUUUUGUGUUUGAUUGCCUCAAGGUGUUCUUUCCAGAUGCAUGCACUGAAGGAGAGGAGUUAUAAGAGCUGUAGAAACUAUUGAUUUAUUCUUAGUGACAAAAGGAGACAGUGUUGUUUCCAUGCAGGAGAUGCAACCCAUUCCUAGUCAUUGUGAGAUGAAUUGCAAAAUACUGUAUCCUGGAUAAUUACUUGUAUUUACAGCUUGUAGUUUGUUUCAUGUUCCAGGAUUUUUUCCAAGCUUGAACAAGUGUAAGAUUAUCUUUGACAUACAAGGUUUAUGUGUUUUACUGAAUUCCUCUCCUUUCCACUUCCUCUGCAGCCUGGGUCGGAGCUCUCGCCAUGGGCAUGAUCUUCUUCUGUUCACCCAUUGUCAGCAUGUUCACGGACCGAUUUGGCUGCAGAAAAACCGCAAUCUGUGGGGCAGCAGUGGCUUUCAUCGGGCUGCUCAGUACAUCCUUUGCAAAGUAAGCCACUGUACUGUAACGCUCCCCUUGUUGUGUGUUUAAUGUUUAACCGAGCACUGUGGCGCUUGUGGAGCACUGAUUUAGAUCAGUGGUUAUGGUAUGCCUUGUGAAGAGUCCUUGAUGCAGAGGUCUUUGGUUGGACCCCAGUUCCUGGCCUCUUGCUACAUGUCAUCUCCCACUCCCACCUCCUCCCAAUAUUUCCUGUCUCCUUUCAACUGUCUUGUCAACAAAGGCACAAACAGACCAAAAAUAAUCUGUAAUAAAACAAAAGCAUUAUUUCUUUUAAUGAAACGUACAGUUAAUAAUAGCAUUGUUUGAAAAAUACAGAUUUUCCAACUUGUAAUUUUGAACUUCAAAGUCUUAAAGUCAUACAGUCUGUGAGAAUGUUCUUACCCUGUCUCAAAACAUUACUGCUAUAUCUAGAAACUACAUAUGUCCUGACAAAUGUAGACUGCCAGUUUAUUCGCCAGUUGUUAAAUAAAUGGUUCUUAACCCCCUCUUUAUGAUUUCCUGUGGUAUAGGCUUUACUGAUCAGCAAAUAAGAUGUUUCUCCCACUCAACCACCCACUCUGGGCAGAGAACUAGGCUGGUGAAAAAGCAGACUGGGAGUUGAACUCAAAGGUUGCCUGGCCUUGUAAUUUGAUAUUCCACUUGGGUAUAAAUUUUGCAAUACUUCACUGAACACUGUGACUGCAGGUGAGAGCCACAAAUAAAGCUCAGAACAGCACCUAACUUCAUCAACAGUACAUACAGGGUCCCAGCCAUAGCACUAGCCACCAAACAUCUUUUUAGCUUUGCCUGAUUUCUUUGGCAAAGAGACAAAACACAAAUCACCCACUCUCUUCCAGCAGCCGCUUGUUUGUGGGGGAGCCCUGACGAGUCGAUCACUGAGUUCAUCGGAGUUCCGCAGCUCAAGGAAGAACAUUUAUGAUUAUCACUUUUUGUAAAUGCAAUCAGACUGAGACACUAAUGCAGAAAAACGUGUCUGCAGUGCACAUACAAGAUCGCUCAAGAACUCUUGAUUGCAUUUCCAGCAAAAUUCAUCUCUCGUGAGGGGGUCUAACUCGUGUAGUGGUGUGAUUGACCAUGGCUUAAGCUUACGCCGAAAUAUCCCUUUAAUUGUAAUAGAUGACAGGUGAUAAUCCUCCUUCAAGUGUUAGUGCCGCUGUAGCAUUAAAUGCAGAAAUGUAACCUCCAGAACUAUUAGUGUAUGCUUCGAACAGAAAGUCCUGUUAUACUCCCUCCUGGCAUCCUUAAUAAAUUUCAUUCCUCUCUUUUGGGUAUUUACACCUUAUUUGGCAGCCCCUGAUCAUGGUCCCCUUCAUAACACUGCAUAUCACAGCUGUGUAAAUAGUAAAGGGUACAUACACAGCAAAAUACAGUUAGAAUGAAGCCACACUAGCUGAACUCAUCCCAAACUUUUGAUGUUUUAUCAUCGUUAAACUCUUCUGUUUGUUUCGUCAUGUUUUUUUCUUGGUAUUCCUUACGUUAGAGCGGUUGGUUGGAUAAUAAUAAAACAAUUUCUACUUCUUUUUUUAUAUUUCUUUUCUAUUCUAGCUCCCUGAGCCUUCGCUACUUCACAUAUGGCAUACUGUUUGGCUGUGGCUCCUCCUUCGCCUUCCAGCCCUCGUUGGUGAUCCUCGGUCACUACUUUCGUCAGCGCCUCGGUCUGGCCAACGGUGUUGUGACUGCAGGUGCCAGCCUGUUCUCCAUGGGCCUACCGGUGUUUCUCAACAAGGUGGUUGAACCCCUCGGCCUUGCCAGAACAUUCCAGAUCCUCAGCCUCUUCAUGCUGGUCCAAGCCCUGCUGGCGCUGUUGUUCAAACCUUUACUGCCUCCUGGAGGAGGCAUGGGCCCCAUGGGCAUGGGCCCUAAACCCCAGACCCAGCAAGGUGCCACAGCUCAAGCAGGGAGCAGGUGGAGCAAGGUUGUUGGCGAGGUCAGGAAGUACUUCAACCUGCGUGUUUUUCACAUCGUGACAUACCGGGUGUGGGCCUUUGGAGUAGCCACAGCUGUGUUGGGCUACUUUGUGCCGUAUGUUCAUCUGGUAAGAACAUUAAUGAUUACACUUGUUUCAUCCUUAGAGUUUGUUUUAGAUUUUAUGACUGUUUUGAAGUCCUGAGGUCCUUUGUCAUGCUUUUUAAAAAGGACUGAUGUUAAGUACGAUAGCUAUGUUGUAGUUUGUUUUUGACGUCAGAGAGUAUGCAGACACUCAGACAGCUCUCUAUUCACCUGAUUGGGUUAAAAAACCUCACAUUAAGAACAUACCAUGACUUUUUGGGUAUUUUAGGUAUUUUGUUAUGUGACUGUGAACAUGUGGGCUCUCUGCCUCUUUACAGACCUAAUGUGGUUAUAUAACAGUAUUAUAGAGUUUUUCAGUUGGAGUUGUGUAACAGUUUAGUUGAUAGCUGUCAGGCUGAUUUAUUCUCAUUUGCAAAUGCAUCAAGUAGUAACCUUAAUGUUCUGUCAUGGACAGCCACACUAGCAACCUGCGACAUAACUCAAAACAUGCUUUGAAAGAUAGAACAUUAUGUGGGUGUCAGGCACAUCUGGCUGACAAACGCAGGUUUUCUUGUGUGCACUUGUUGGUAAGUGAUUUUCCAGACUAACAAGUGAACAGCCAACAUUAAUUUGCAAGCAAAAUACUGAAUUAGCAAUUGUUAUUUGUUGAAAAGUAAACGGGCAAAGGCUUAUGUAAAGAUGGCAUGAUUAUGACCCUCAAACAGCUGCUGUCAAACUUUCUGUGGGUGUUAGCAACCGUUCUGAGUUUAUUCUUUCAAUUCUGGUUCUAAAUCUUAACAAGUUAAAUCAACGUAUAAUUCCUUUUUCCUCUUGUUUACUCUGUGUUUCAUUUCUUGCUUAACCUGAAAGCUAAAAACCUCUUAUUAGUCGUCCUCUACUGCGAUCAAUAAAAUUGUAUAGGGACACAUGAAGUUAGAUAGUUUAAACAAUCAAAUCAUGCCUACUCAGGAGCUAAAAAGAAGAGGUGAUUCUGUUAUUUACAAGACAACAGAUUUUAUUCCUUUUUGACUUUAAAGGUAAAUAGCAAUUUGGUUUAAAAAUAUAACUUCUGAGCGCAAAAGAAUGGCAAGAAACUUUGGUUUCCGCCAGAGAACAAUGCGGUUUCUUUCUAUGUUUGUUGAAGUUCAAAGUCUUGAGUAUAUCCUCAAAAUCCUCACAUGACCCUUGUUCAACUUAAGUGUGAGAUAUUGAGGUAGUGAAGGAAGAUGAUGAAAUGUAAGGCUGCAUCUCGGAGCUGUGAAGUUGAUCUCCCUCCAUCCAGAUGUCGGAUGUUCCAGCUCCGGCCUCCCUCCGUCAGGCCUGUUGUUUCAGGCCUGAGCCCAGAUGUAAACACAGCCCCGGCCUUUGUAUUGGCUCAACCACCUCAGGAAACCUCUCCUGUAUGGGCUCCCUGUAUCCCUAAACAUGCCUAUCCUAUGGCCAUUGAUGAACGUAGAGCCCUUCAAAGGAGAGAAAAUAUUUCACAAGUUCAGGAAAAGACUUCAGAGGGCGGUUUACUGUUUUGGAUAUGAUUUCGAGGGGGUCAGAGCUGAGGAGAGUGGGAGGGUCUGACCUAUAUGCGUUGGCUCUUCCUGUCCUGCUGUUCCUAAGGUCUGUGCAUGAAGACAUUUUGUUAUUGUUAGACCUUUUGCUUUUGGACCUCAGAAUCCCCUCAAUCCCCAGAAUACACACCCAUACGCUGAGUUGAUUGAUAUUUAAGGAAUGGAGUACAAAAACAAAGUCCACCAGCAGGUUGUGGGAAUAUUUGUAAGCAUCUGGAGAGUUUUUUAUAUACAGCACAGUUAACCAUCAGUCACACAGCCAGAUCUCACGCUGUCAUGUAUCUGUUUUUCUCUCUGUGUCUCAGAUCAACUUUGUGGAGAAACAGUUCAAGGAGACUGAAAGGGAAUGGGUGCUCCUGGUUUGUAUAGGGGCGUCAUCUGGGUUAGGACGCCUUGCUUUUGGCAAGAUUGGGGACCACAUUCCUGGUCUCAAAAAGAUCUACAUGCAGGUGAGCAACUGAAAGGCAUUUAAUAUGUGCUGUCCCCUUUUUCCAUGAAGAAUGUGUUUGUGCAACCUUCCUGAAAAUGAAAACCUGGAGUAAGAUGUUCACUUCUCUUUGUUUUGGGCUGUAUACAAUAUUUUUUUCUCAUUUUGUUUAGACAUUAGAUAUUUUUGUUUUCAAUCCUGAACUUAUUGGACAGUGAGGCUAUAGAUCAACAUUUUUUGUCAUGACAGAGUCAGACUCAGUAACUGUUCAUUUUCUGGACAAAAAUACAGUAUUUGAUGAUAUUUCAACAUUUUUCCAGUAAUUUUCAUGGCCAGAUAUUAUCAUACCAAAAAAGCCUUCAUAGAGAAAGAGAUCCGUGCUUUCAUAUCAGUAGGGAUGAUCGGAAGAAGAGUUUGGUGCAACUUGAAGGGCAAACAUGAAAAGGACUUGUUGUUAGUCCUGAUGAAUGCAUACUCUAAAACGCUGACCUUAUCAAAGGAAAUAUCCAAGUCACUAAAGAACUGUGUCAUUUAGCAGCAGAGUGCUCGGUCAUACUGAGACGAAUCCAUUAAGAUCUAAAAACCCUCAAAAGCCAUGCUGAACCUACGCAGGUCUGUGCAGUGGUAGUAAACAAAAACACAAUAUUUGUCCUUUACAUGCGUUUCACUUUAUUCAUUUAUUUAAUGGCCACACAGCCAGAUGUAGACUCCAGCAAGAAGGACAUAAGACACAAAGAGAAAAACAUGAAACAUAACACAGACAAAAAGAUUUCAUAAUGCAUAGGGGUCAUGCCUGUUCCUUAUCAUUCAGAGUUCAGAAUGUUUAUGGCAGUAAUAAUGAAAAUGUUUUUAAAGCGGGUUGUUUUGGUGGCAUUUGUCCCAUAACGUCUCCCAGAAGGCAGUAGCUGGAGGCAAAUUGAGCAAAAAGAGUGAGAUCAGGAGUGAUUUUCCUGAGCUCUGCGCAGUGUCCGUUUGCGGUAAAGUGAUUCGAGGAAACUUCUCACACCAUUCCAACCUUACUGUCCAGAAAAAUGCCUUUCUGUUGGAAAAUAGUUUUUUUUUUUUUCCAGCAUACUGCCUAGCUUUGGAAACACCCACCCUGAUGUUGUUAAUACAGAACAGUGGAUCCUUAACUUUUCUGCAAGGCACCCCUUCUGUGGGAGAAUAUUUUUAUCCCCCUUCCCUUUCCUGUCACUGUACCCUUAAACACAUAAACAUACGUCCACAUAUACCCCUCCCAGACUUUUAACAUGUGGUCAGCCCACCAAUGGAGGGGGCCAAGACAGGGCCAGAUAUCACCCAUCAAGAUUGCUUGUCUUUAUUUAUAUAGUUGGGAUGUUUGGUAUAGAUUAACCAUCAGCCUUAUGUUUGCCCAAACAAAACUGGCCAUGCUUUGCUAGUAGAGAACAACAGUGUGCAUUGUUUUUAAUCUCCCCCUUGUCAUAACCCCGGGUCCCCCCUGUGGGGAGCCCAGCUUAGCUAUAGAAACACAUUGUAAGCAGGUUUAUCACAGACACAAGAGAAGCAAAAAACAACUCUUUUUCUAUUUGAACACUAUUUUUAAGAGUGUUUUUCUUGUACUAUCUGUAGGAAACACCUUUUCGGCGUGUUAAUAAAGCAGAGGGUUUUACUUCAUGGUUCACAGGAUUAAACUAAUGUACUCUGACCUGUACUCUGUAAUGCAACAACAAAGCUGUUAGAUUUGCACCAACAGGCAAGCAGCCUUCAGCAGCUGCUAACAAAUGCACAAAGCACCGAGUUUCAUGCAAUGAUCAGCCUUUAUGAGAAAUGAUGAGAUUAGACUGUAGGCACAAUCCUCAGCUUUUAUUUUUCUUUCGCUUGCGUAUAAUUUCCACAUUGUCCUUAACACAUGAACUAAAUGAGAGGUUUUACCAUCCUCCUGCCAACUCUAACUAACUAAGCUAACCCUUUUUGUGGAGAACAGCAGCAAAUUAACAAACUGCAACUAUAAACAGCAACGCUUUUCUUAUUUUAUGAUGUUUGCGGACUUCCAAGCAGAAAAUAAAUUUUAUUUAGAAUGCUGCAGUUUGAUGUUUCUAUAUUAGCCUGAGGAGAAACUCUUUUACACAAGUAACUUAGUGUUCGCAAUAUAGACCAGACCCCAAAGGCCAGAUCUCUGUGUACAAGCAAGAUCCACAAGGACAGGAAAUAAUGUGAUGAGAACCACGACCACGUUUCACAGUCUUCCCUCAGUUACUGCUGCCAGUGUUACUCGAAGGGCAGCAUGUUAGUCAGGGUCAAAGAGGACAAAUAGCAAAGAAGUGACAUGUAGAGGCAGCCUGUGAUGUACUGUGUAUGUGUGUGUAAAAGCAAAUAAAUCUGACACUGAAAACAGCCCAGUCAAAAAUAUUUCACUCUUUUCACAAAUAAUUUUACAGAUUCUUUAUUGAUAAGCCAAUAAAAUCAAUAAAAAGUGAUCAUCUGAAAUCUAAUUAAGGUUAUCUAAGUGACUUAUAGCUGUUUCAAUAUCAUGAAAUUGAAGUAAAUGUGAAUUCAAUAAAACUUGAACUUUAAAAAAAUUAAUUUCCUCAUCUGUGAAGUUAGUAUCUCACUGAGUUACGGCAGAUAGACUCUCUUAAGCAGCUGCGGUUGUUGAAUGAUAAAGACCACUACUCCCAACUGUUGUUUUGUAUUUUUUGUUUUGGUUACUCCUUGAAUCAAAUGCAGAUGUUUUGAGUUUGAAGUCCUUGUGCUGUCUUUUCCAGGUGGUGUCAUUCAUGGCUCUGGGCGUGAUGUCCAUGUUGAUUCCUCAGUGCUCAGUGUUUGAAGCCCUGGUGGUUGUGUGCGUGUUCCUGGGGCUGUGUGACGGUUGCUUCCUCACCAUGAUGGCUCCCAUCGCUUUUGAGCUGGUCGGGCCCAUGCAAGCCUCGCAGGCCAUAGGCUACCUACUUGGUCUGAUGGCUCUUCCCAUGACAGCAGGCCCACCCAUCGCUGGUAUGAAGCAUGCUCUUCUUUUUUGUCCUGUUUGCGGCACUUCACCUUGAAGAGAUUAGUUCAUGGCCCUGACUUCAGGACCUGCAGUUGGAGCAGAUAUAAAGCUGAUGGAUAUGAGCUGUUUGAAACGCUCCGAUGAAAACAUAUAAGGGCAAAGAAAGAGUAGAACAAAUACUGGGCUGGGCUUUGGGCUCAUGGCCAAUUGCUGGCUAUCCCUGGGGGAUUUGUCUUCUGGGGAAAAAAAGCACAUUCAGGCUGUACACAACUCUCUUUGUGAGUCUCCCCCCUCCCCCUCGCUAUUCCUCUCCACUGCUCUCUAAUAAUACGGAUAUAAAGGAGAGAACUGAAGGCACUAAUUUCAUGACUCAGGCAUCGCCAUGUGCUCUGUUUGCCAACCUCUUUCACAUCUCCUACAUACUUAGACUUCUUUUACAUAAAAGCACCCCAUUUGUAGCCUUCGCACAAAAACAUACAAAAUCUGAUCUGGAAGUUGUUAUUGACAGCUUGAGGUAUUUCUUUGCACAGAACUACUCAAGUUUUAAACAUAUGAAAAAAAGAGGGAACAAGUGGAAUUUUCAUGGUAAACUCCCCAAAGCUGUUUUCCACAGUAAAUUAAUGAAUUGGAAAACUGAUUGUGUUUUGUAGAACUGUUUUGUUCAGCUCUCUGAUCACCACAAAACUGUUAAUUAUUCCCUGGCAUCGCCAAGCUGGACACAUGACUCAAACUCCAGUAAAUAAGUUCUGAUAUAUGGUUUUAGUUUUUAUUUGCAAUAGCCACAAAUGUCCAUGUUACCUACUGCAGUAAAAAGUAAUAGAUUUCAGAGAUAAUAUAGAUAUUUAUAUAUUUAUAUAUCCUGAUUCAUGAUUAUAUGAAAUAAAUACCAAGUGAAAUUAGAUAUCUCAUUGAAUCUUUAAUAAUAUCUUGAAGAACGGAAGAGAAAUUUAUUUAUUUAACAUCCAAAACAAAGGCAGUAAGACUCCUUUAAGUCCCAGUGCUGUUAUCACUGGGUCAACAUGUAGCCUAUAUUGUACAGUACAGUCUGUACAGUCCAUGAGCAAGAAUGCAUAUGUUACAGGCAACAAUGUAAGCGCACACACCCCUCCCACCCCUGUUGUGUCACGAGCUCCAUGGCAGAUUAAAUAUUCAGUGCUGUGUGUUGAACUUGUCGACCCUGCUUUGUCACUGUGAUACAGUUUGUUUGCUUCCGCUCGCAUGCAGAUAAAUAUAGGAUGUGGAAAUGUAUGUACCACAGACAGGGUGUGGCUUUUGUUCUGUACUGCAACACAAAAACACAAUGCACUUCCACCUUUGAGGGUAGAGUUCCCGCUUCCUAGAUCACGGGUGGAAACUAGAAUUAAACUAGAGUAUUUAAUUUUGUUAAAUUUAUAGAUGAUAAAUUAGUGUUUAGAGAAGGUUUUACCAUCUAAUUUAGAGAAGGUUUUACCAUCUAAUUUAGGUGAAUAUAUAUAUAUAUAUAUAAUAGCCUUAAUCUGUGUUGUAGCUGUAUUUAGUAGGUAAUUCUCCUUUUGGGUAAUAGUUGAUAAACAACCAAUAAAAGGAACAUGAUUAAUGUAAUUAAAUUUAUACACAAUUAUAGAUUAUAAACACAUACUAUGUCAUAUAGAUGUUCUCAUAAAGGGGUAAAAGGUUAACAUUUAGAAAAUAUUCAGUAUUUUCAAAAUCGAUACAUCCCGUGUGUCAGUGUGUGAAGCAUAAAUCUGGAACAUUAAAUUCCUGGUUUGGCAUUAAGAUUCCCGAGUAUCCUGGUUAUCCUCAACUUGAAAAAUGUGGUCCUCUUGAAGUCAUGCACAACCCCUCGGGUCAGGGGGAGAGUAAGGUUUUUAUGUCUGGGGGGGUUGAUGCUGGGGCUCUGUCUCCCCCGAAAACCCUGUAACCUUUUUACACCUCUCUCUACCUAAUUGAGAGGUUUUUAUAAGUUCUACAUAGAGUUGUAUUUCCCACUGCCUCAGGACUUUUAAGUUUAGCACAGCUAAUUGUCUCUUGGCUCCACUUGUAGGCCCACACAAACAUGAUCUCUUGAUAACGCUGUCAAGAGAAGCACAAUAAAAGUAUUUUAACACAUUAAUAAGAAAGCGCAACUCUUCCAGUAAGUACAGCUAUUUAUACUUGGCUCGUUUUUCUAGGUCUGUACUUCAGGACAGGAACGACCUCUUUCUUGGAUACUCAGAUCAUGUACUGUAGACUGGAUUUUCUUGGGCAACCUGUUUAAGUAGUGCGCUCUAUUGACAGCAUGGUAACAUAUACUGUGUCGCUCCUCUUCACUGUCCAGGUCUCCUUCAUGAUUACUUUGGGAACUACACGGUGGCCUUCUCCCUGGCUGGUGUACCCCCUAUAGUUGGAGGUAUUGUGCUGUUUUUUGUUCCGCUGAUACACCGUAAGCUCCAGAGGGGCCAAGCGGCAGGGUCACCAGAGGAAACGUCCACAACUGCCCAUAUGUUGCCCACACCCCAACCAGCAGAGGACCCCAAGAGCUGCUCCAAUGGAGUCAUCUUACCUGGCUACACUGACGUAGAGACCCACAUCUGAGUCGCACUGUACAAAGGUGAAUUAUAUAUAUAUAUAUUUUUUUAGAGAGAUAUUGUUUAUUCGAUCAAAUAUACAUACAGUACCAUUUCAGACAAGAAUUCCCUGUUUUUUGGAGAUCAAAAGAUCAAAAGAAGGUAGAAGCUGUUUAGCUUAUUUGUACCUACCCUCAUUCCUUCCUAUUCGUUGACCUUUUACAUGUCUCUAGAAUUUUAGGAUUUCUGAAGUCGCCAGAAAGUAACCAAAUCUCCAAAGUCUAACAUGAAUAUGUAACAAAUCAUUAAUACUGAAACAAAGACUUAUAUAUACAUUUAUACAUCCAUACCUAUAUACACGUAUAUACACACAAAUAUGCACUUUAUACAUAUAUAUAUAUAUAUAUAUAUAUAUAUAUAUAUAUAUAUAUAUAUAUAUAUACCUAGAAAACUUCAAAUCUCUCCUUUGUACCAUACCCAUAUAGAUACUUUAAUGCGAGCAUGUCAACGCCUAGAGUGUAAUAUCUUACAUUUUCCUUUCCUGUGUUUUUUUCCAGGGAUUCAGCCCACCAGCACUUUUUCUCAUCUUUAGAUUGACCUCCUCCCAACCACAAACUUCCUGUUGACUGACCUUUAACUCUCUAACCCUCCUUGACUCUCAUUGUUAAUUAUCUUUAUGUGAAGAGAAAUCUGGAAAAAGGGGAGCUCUGGCUAAAAGCUACAGAGAGGAAGAAGAGAAGGACUUCAGAGUAGUACCACGCUAAUGGAGGAUAAGCACAACACAGUCCCAGCUAGGAUUGCUUCACGACUGGGGACUCUGUAAUAACUUUAACCUCCAAGAGGAAAGAAAUGAAAAUAUUGGAACCCACAGUGGUAGUUUCUGAUUUUACAGAUUUGAUCUUGCUAGCAAGGUUACUUAAGUAGGAAAAGUACUCAGCUUUGUUUUUAGUUUCCAUGGAGACAGAAAAAGGUGAGAGGCAUAUGAAAAUAAGACUUAAUGAAGGGAUAAAUUCAGUUUCUUUAUGUAGAAUUUUAUGAAUAUAAUUUACCCACACAUGCUUCCUAUUUAGUUUGAGUAGCUGAAAAAAAAAAACAUCUCAAAUGACUUUCAUGUUUUUUUUAUUCUCCCUUUUUUCUGCUGUGACGACUACAAGGGUAACAUUUUUGUAAAUGUCAUAGGACAGACAAUUCUUCUGAAAGAUCAGCCACCAGACGCAAUCACCUCAGCUCAACCGCACACUGUAACACACAGUCCUCACACCACCCAGGCUCCAAAAAACAUCACCAAAUCUACCAGCCUGCCUGCAAGGGAUGUAUACGCCAUAGAUCCUGUAGUUUUAGACGUGCGCACAGUUUCAGUAUAUAGACCAGCGACCUUUCAGCUUUUUUGCAGGGUAAAAUACAAAGUCAAAGUCCACACGGCAGAGUUAUGAGAGCUGCCCGAAUUAAUGAAACCUAACACUAUAGUUGAUACCAGGUCUUCUCUCCUCAGCCUAGACAGCCUUAACUUUCAGUGUCGUCAUGCUCUACUGUUGUACUGGCCUUUAAAGGUUUUAACAGGGUGCUUGACAAAUCCGAGUAAACUGUGUUUGUUACGACUCUCAAUCGACGUUUUUGUAUUGUGAACACUGUGUACCCUUCAAAGAGGAAAUCAUGCUAUUGUAGAGAUUGAAGAUAUCGAUGGCUGUUGGAAGUGUAGAUUUCUUGUCAACCUCAGAAAAGGCAUUUUGUAUCAUUUGAUCCUCAACUUUUCCUUUCUUCGAGUGUGCGUGUGGUUGUGUGCACCUGCUUCUUUGAAAUAGUAGAUGCGGUGAUGUGUUUUAGGUGACUGUGUUAGUCUGUUGAGAAGUAGUGACUACUGAAGCUGCCAAAUGGCCUGAGUCCUCAUCAUGCCAUCUAACAGAUAAUCACGCCAUUUUUGCUGCUUUUGCUUAGUUUGUGUCAUGAGGGCGUCACUCACCGUCAGUAGUUAUGAAACUCAAACGUCUCAGAUUUCUCCAGAUAUUCCUUUUUUGAGAGGAUAGUUUGCAAUUAUUUUUAUGUUUCAUAAACACUUGGACCAUGUGGUUUACACUCUCAUUUGAGUACUCUUAGACAGUGACUUUUAACAGACGGAUGUGAAGCAGAACUGCAAUCUGGUUAUUGUGUAACUGGUUCGCAGUGAGAGGGAAAUUCGAGGAAGGGUUUUUCCUUUCUUUCAGCCUCCCUCUUUGCUCCCACUGUCAUUAUUUAGUAGGCUUUUGUGUUGCAAUGCCUGAACGCUACAUGAACCUCAUUGUUGAGUGUAGCCACUUUGAGGGUAUUACUACAGGACAGUUCUGGAUAGGAGACAAUACAUCAAUACCUCAGUAAUCAAUCAAUCUUCAGCAACCUUCAGCUGAACACAUGGACAUUCUGCAUUACUUUAUUAUUGUGUGUGUGUGUGUGUGUGUGUGUGUGUGUGUGUGGUGUGUUGGUGUAAUCUAAAUCAGGACACAGAGCCACAAAGCUGCCAAAUGCCUGGUUUCAAUCAACCUCGCUUCCUUGGAAACCUCAUUAGUGUCUGUUUGGUGCCACAGGUUUGGAAAUGUCGAACGGACAUUCCUCAUGCUCUGACAGUCGGUGCGUUAUCAGUUUAGAGAUUUUCUCCUCCUUCUCCUCUAUUUGGCCUCAUACCACUUUGCUUCUUUGUUUUCCAUCCACACCAUUCCUCCGUUAGCCUCAUUUCAUCAUUGUUUUCUGUCGUUGUUUGAUAUGAUGCUGUUACAUUAACAUCAGAUAUUCAAAAUAUUCUCAAAUACAGACAAAAGAGACACAAAUUAAUCAUUAGUUUGGAAACACACAUUUGUUGCAACAUAGGCCUCCAGUUUGAAUCAGGCAGUGUUAGUUUUUUAGGCUGUGCAAAAAGAGUAGAGUAAGAAAGUUGAAGACAAAGGUGUAUUGGCAGACCAGCUAUGUAAGCUUUCUAGUACUCAAAUUAAUCGUUACAGUUCAGCCUUAUAAUAAUGUUCAUAUUUAAUCUCCAAAUCAACGCAUCAGCUUGAAGUAGUGGUCCUGAAAAAGCAAGGAUACACCGCUUUGUCACUUUUAAAGUGACUGGAGUAACAGUAUUUGUUUCCAAAGUGAAACCAGUGUCCUUGUGCCUAAUAGAUAAAAGAUUACUGUGAAAUUAUGAUUUUUUGAUCAUUAAAUUAUAUGAAGGUUGCUGGAGAUGCUUUAUGAAAAAUAUACAGAAAUAUUGUAGAUACACCGCAUUAAUUCACAAUGUAAUUGUGACAUAUUUGCAUAGAGAGUAGAGUGUUACUUUUGACAAUUUGCACUAGUUUACUGCUGUCAAACUAGUGGCUUAUGGCACCUAAAUCUAAGGAAAUGACCAAUGAAUUAAAAAGAGACAGCAGAGGGUUUCCCCUCUGGCAGCCACAUCCUGGCUGAAAAUGUUGAAUGUGUUUCCUACAUAAAAUGUACCCAUUUCUAAAAAGUGUGUUGUUUUCUGAUGUAUUUUUUUUUUCUCAUUUGACUGUGAACUUAUAUCCCCGCCCCCAUUUUUUUAAUCUGCUAAAUAUAUCAUCAGCUUGUUAGCCAGUAGCUCGACACCAUGCCGUGUUGUAAAAGGUAUAUUAAAUAAGAAUCAAAGCAGUAACCUCAAUUUGAAAACAUAUCUGCCUUAUAGUUACUGAACAGCUGUGAAACAUCAGAACCAGAUCAGUGACGUCACAUGUGUAAUGACUUUUUUCGGAUUGUAAUGUGAUUUUUAUUUUUAUUUUUACUCAUUACGUUUCUUUGUUGUUACAUAUAUAGUCAUUUUCAAUCCUGGAUCUAUCUUAACAACCUCUUCAAUUGAUUUCCAACUCAUCCAGUUUCUGGUUAGAACCAGCUGGAUGCUCCUAUUUGUAUGGAAAAAUAUAUCUUUAUAUGUUUUGUAAUGAUUUUUAAUCUACUUAAAACUGUUUCUAAUGUGUUUGCUUGUUUUAAAUCGUGUUUUUUUUUGUUUGUUUGUUUGUUUGUUUUAAGUGAUACAUUUCAAUGACUACUAGAAAAAGACAAGCCGUUAAGCUGGUAGAUAAAUUCAAAAUUGAAAAAAAUGAUAUGUCGAAGUGAAGAAGAUGAAUGAAUGAAUGAAGAAUGACUUAUUACACCUGGAUGGUUAUUUGGUGAAUCUGAACAAGUUUAGCCACCUAAGUCUUUCUGUCUAUGCAGCAUCACUGUACCUGUAGUCCACUAACCAUGACCACUUCACUUCUUUAAAGCUCUUGUGAGGAGCUUUUGGUUUGUGUUUAUAGUGGCGCCACCUCUGUGCAGACAGAAGACCCUCUUAUCUCUUCUGAUUUUCCCCUGUGCAUGUGUCACUAGUGCUUUUAACAAAAGUCAAAUCCUGCUUUCUUAAAAGAAUUGAAUGUUUCAGCAGCAUGGGCGUUUUUUUUUCACAGCAUGCAGUUAUUUACUUUGUCCCACACCUACCCCGCUCCAGCAAUUUCAUUCGUUAUAAAUAGCUUAAAAAUACUCUGAUGGUCUUAUUUGCUUCUGCAGGUCAUAUAAAGGCAAACAUAUUAUAACUGGUAGGUUUCAUGACUAAUCAAAAACUUCUCACAGGAGCUUUAAGUAUCAUCACUUAAAUCUUUUUAACAGAUGCUCUUAAAUUCACAUUUAUCUCCUCCAGUCCACUACAGUUAAAUCAUCAGUUUAGCCCCUUCCUUAAAGGAUAAACUAUCAAUAACACAUGUUUGAGUUGGGUUUACUAAAAAAAUGUUUUAAGACUUAAUCAGGUUUUCAAAAGUUUCUAGCUGUUUUGGAAUUUUCCCUUAAGUUUAAAACGGUAUUAACUGAACAUUUCCCUGCUGGUGUUUUUCUUUUUUGAUCUUCCUGUGUCCAACAGUGAGCAGGUCAGAACUACAGAGACAUAAAACUGAAUCAUAAUUAGGGACAGACGUGUUUAAACCUAAUCUUAUUUAUGCCAAAAUAACACUUGUAGGCACUAUUUGGUGUCUUUGGUUGUUAGUUUAAGCAGUAUAAUAAUCCAAUAGUCCAAUUUUUCAUUAAAAUGUCCUUAAGUUUGAUGCAACAACCAGUGUAACUUCUUGACCAGUUUUGAUUAACUUAGGCUUUCACUGAGCAAUCUGGCUGCUAUUUUCUGUCAGUCAGCUGUCACAAAUCAGAGCUCAGCCCCUUUCUUUAACCCUAUUACAAAUUUCCCCUGGCAGAAAAAUCACCUGAUUUGAAGCCGGGCCAAACUACAGCAACAUCGAACCUUGUUAUUCUCCUGUGUUGCAGUGUGCUAUUUCUCUGCCUUUCUGACCUCAAUCUGUUCAGCUUGCAUGCUUUUCCUCAGCCAUACAAUAAUGUGCGUAACCAGAUAGCUUAAGGUCUGAAUUGUGAAGCUGAGCCGAGACUUAGGAAACAUUGAACUGCAGGAGUCCUCUAACAGCAUAAAACUUUGUCUGAAUAACAGUCACCUUUUUUAAUCACACGUGUAGACCUUUCUCUUCUCCUGACAUUGUUAUCUCUGUAUUAUUCAUGCAAACAGUCCAUUAGCUGAACUCUAGGCAGUCUGUUUUCUCAGCUCUAUCAGCUCCAGUGUUUUCUGACAAUAAAAUGUCAUUUAUGUUUCUGUGUGCUCUCAGGGCUCUCAGCUCUCGGCUUGGGCUUUUCCACAGCCUUACAUGUUAAAAAAAAAAAAAGAGAAAAAAGUCAGUGCUGGGUUCUGCUAAAUUCUUCUGCUGCAGUUAAACAUCUAUGGCCUGUCCUUCCUACACAACCUAUUAUGUCUGUUUUAUUCAUUCUACAAAAUGCUCUAACAAGGCCAGUGAUGCCACAAAAUCUGAAUACAGAAAUUGAGUCAUGCCAUGCUGCUAGAAGAAUCAAUGUAAUUUUGUGUUUUUGUCAGAGUAAUUUUGGAUCUGUAACAAAAGAGGCACAUUUUUUUCUAUUAAGCUGACAAUAAAGAGGUAAUAUGAAAACCACCCAUGCUGUCUGUUCCAGAUGCUUUUUUGUUGUUGUUGUUGUCUUUGUGCUUUCAGCCCUUUAAAAGGCUACAUGAGAUGCCGCGGGCUCAGGUGCUCUUGACAUGCAAUCAUGUUUGAGAUUAACCCCCCAGACACCUUUGAGUGCAUGACAACGAGGCGAGUCAAGGAAGAAACAAAAUACUCUGUGAGAACAUUUAGGGACACGCUGAAUGACACCUCGAACGUGUGAUGUGCUCAUUAUCACCACGGCAACGUGGUUGAGUUUUUUCAGCCAGACAGUCCUCUUUUGACUCCUUGUUUCCCUCGUUUCACCUCAGCAUCUCCCCAGGCAGCUGAAUCCUAAAAACCAUGCCUCAUUGAAUUAGGUGCAGGUAACAAAACUCUGACAUGUGCCUGGACACAGUGUACAAGUUACAGGAUGACUACUGAAGUUUGUUAAACCUGGCCUUGUGGCUGGGGCUGAUUAUGUUGUUCCUGGUGGUCACGGCACAAAAGAUUGCAAAGAACAUUUCACUUAAUGGAAAAAACAUUUAACAAUCGCAAAAAUAAUUUCACAAGAGAAACAAGUUAUAAAACAUUAAAUACUGAUAUAAAAAGUAUGACAUGCAGAAACCCUACUUUUAAAUGAAUCAAGAACUUGUCUGUGGCAGCUGCUGUAGGCAUUGAAACAGUCACAUAAAGAUUAUGUAACUUGUUGAGUGUAAUUUAGUUGUUUUUAAAGCUUAGAGAAGGGUUCACAGUGGUUUUAUUUUUGGUGUUGCUUACACAGUUUCUUAUUUUGUGAUUCCUCAAGUAUUUAUUAUGUGUGUGUGGAUCAAUUUAAAACAGAACUCAGGAUCUCACUUCUGGUGUGAGCUUUUUAUAGCAGCUGUAUUGACAUGGGAUACAUUAAGUACAAGUGUGUAAAUAGUGAGUAUAAAUUUGGCAGUGUAGUGCUAUUUAGAGACCACAGUAAAACACAGUGCAGUUCUCUUUGUUUAUGACUUUGGGAUCUGUACAUAAAAUGGAUGGGUACACAUUGUUCAAAUCCUGCCUGAUUAUGCCAUCAGUCUGUGCAUUUGUAAUGAGCAUGUUGGCCUUUAGGGGUCCCCCUCACUGGGUUCAAAGUACAGUCAAAUGUAACAGAUUAGAUUAUCCAGCAGGGGUCCCUCAUCACUCAUUUCUUUGAGAGGAGCUCACACUGUAGUUGACCUUUAGAUUUUGAGUUUAAUAUGCUGCUCUGAGACAUAAAGAUUCAGUGGAGUUUAAACGUCAGUCUGUUCCCAGUUAAGUGGAUAAAGUCUGGCUAUAUUUUUGAGAUUUAAAGAGCUGUGUGAGGAAGUCCUCCAGAUUAAGCCAUGAAGCAAAAUGUCUACAAUCAAUUUGGCUUAUUUUAGAUGGUUUUAAAUAAUGUCCUCAUUAUGCAGCAUGAAGACAAUAAC